CUCGUAGUGUGUUUCUGUCUCUUGCUUGCAAUUCGCGGUGCUUUGUUUCUUGUUUCCCUACGGACAGUCCCGACAAUGCGGAUCCGAACGAUAGGUGCACGUGUUCACCGCAUGUGAAUGGACUGCGGCGCUGGCUCAAGGGUAUAUCAGACCGUCCCAGUUCGCACGCUUGUCACUUAAGAUGCCUUCCAAGCGCCGGAACAAUGGCCGCUCCAAGCACGGCCGUGGCCACACAGCCAUUGUUCGCUGCUCCAACUGCUGCCGCUGCGUGCCCAAGGAUAAGGCUAUCAAGCGAUUCCAGGUGCGAAAUAUGGUGGAUGCUUCAUCGCAGCGAGACUUGCGCGAGGCCAGCUUCUACCAGAGCUUUUUGCUGCCAAAGCUCUACAUGAAGAUGCUCUACUGCGUGUCCUGCGCCAUCCACGGCCGAGUGGUGCGCGUGCGCAACAAGGUCUUGCGAGCAAGCCCCGAGGGGCGCAUCUACAAGCCCCCCAUGGGCAAGGGCGGCGGCAAGGGCAACUGAGCUUAGGAUGCGGUAGGCUCAACGGGGC